UUCACCAUGAGAACUCCUGUUAUCUUGUUUAUGAGAAGUGUCUUUCCAAGGAAGAGAACAGGAAAAAAGUUUGAACCUUUUCAAGGACGUAGGAGGAGUUUGUUUUCUGGGGGAAACUGGUUUUGUGUCGUUUCUCACACCACCACUGUCUGGAAGUUACUCCAGGGUUUCUGUCCACCCCAACGUCAUGGGGGAUAGCCUGUCCAGUACGCGGUAGCCUGAUAUCCUCGGAUACUCCAUAUCAACAUCAUGUAUGGAUCUUGGUCCUUACAUUGACGCUUUAUCCAGAGGAAAAGGAUGAAUUUCGGAGCCAGAAGAGUCACCCUACCAGCCAUCACUCCUCUCAGUCUUCAGAAGCGGGUGAUCAAAGUGUUCAACGAGGACAACAGUAGCCGGGCAGUGGAGGUGGAAAGGGGCGUGUCCGCCCGGGACAUCUGCCAGAUGUUCAUCAUGAAGAACUGCUGCAUUGACGACCACUGCUGGACGCUGUUUGAACACCUGCCACAUCUUGACAUGGAGAGGACGAUAGAGGACCACGAGGCGGUCAUGGAGGUCCUGUCGAGCUGGGGGAUGGACACAGAGAGCCGCUUGUGCUUCAGGAAGAACUACGCCAAGUACGAGUUCUUCAGGACUCCUCUGGACUUCUUCCCAGACCACAUGGUGUCCGUCUCCAAUGAGACCAACGGGCUGAUGGAUCCUUCUCAGCUCAUCCAGACCUUUCUGAACUCCAGCAUGUGUCCAGAGAUCCAUGGGUACCUCCAUGCCAAAGAGCAGGCCAGGAAAACCUGGAAGAGGUUAUACUUUGUCUUGAGAAGAUCCGGACUAUAUUUCUCUAAUAAGGGAACUUCUAAGGAGCCCAGACACCUCCAGGUCCUGGCCGAGUUCAGGGACAGCGAUGUGUACUCCCUCCUGUCAGCCAGGAAGCUCCAAGGGGCGCCCACAGAUUUCGGCUUCUGUCUCAAGGCGUCAGAGUCCGGCUCCUCCAGGAACAUGAAGAUGCUCUGUGCAGACGACCAGCAGUCAAGGACCUGCUGGAUCACAGCCCUGCGCCUCCUCAAGUAUGGGUUGCAGCUCUACCAGAACUUCCUCCAACCUCAUCAGAAACAGAAAGCCUCGCCUAUGAGGAGCAUAUCUGAGAGUUCCCUGGUCGCCAUGGAUUUCUCGGGGCAGAGGAGCCGCGUCAUCCAGAACCCGUCGGAGGCUCUCUGCGUGGCAGUGGAGGAGGGGCUAUCCUGGAGGAGGAAAAGCUGGCAUCGCUUUAGUUCCUACGGCAGCCCGUCCACCUCCCAGGGCUCAAUGAUGAGCAUGGCUCUCCACCAGACCCAGCCGUGGUUCCAUGGCCAGCUGUCCCGGGACGAGGCCCAGCGCCUGAUCAUCCAGCAGGGCCAGGUGGACGGAUUGUUCCUGCUGAGGGACAGCCAAAGCAACCCCAACACGUUUGUCCUGUCACUGUGUCACCUGCAGAGGAUCAGACACUUCCAGAUCCUACCUGUGGACAAUGAUGGGGAGAUGUUCUACAGUCUUGACGACGGCCAGACGCGCUUCGCUGACCUGGUCCAGCUGGUGGACUUCCACCGGCUGAACCGCGGGGUCCUGCCCAGCCAGCUGAGACAUCACUGCGCCCGGCUCGCCCUGUGACACCGCCAGGACCUGGGCACUCAAACCCCUGAUCUCUA